AUGGCGAAGUGGGGUGAAGGUGAUCCACGAUGGAUUGUUGAAGAGCGAGCAGACGCCACUAACGUGAACAACUGGCAUUGGGCUGAGAAGAAUGCUACACCGUGGUCCAAAGCGCGGCUUACCAGUCUUCUUGAAACACUCACUGAAGGCCCAAUUUCUGUAAAGAUGGAAACCAUCAAAAACCUUGAAGGAGAGGCUACUGCGAAUAACCGAAAAGCAAAGUUGAUUUUUUUAUAUGAGUGGGAGAUCAAAGUCGCUUUUUUAGCUCGUGUCUCUGGUUCAGAUAUUGAGUACAAAGGGAUUUUGGAAAUACCAAAUCUCAGUGAUGAAAACGAUGCGAGCGAAAUUGAUGUAAGUCGGCUUUUUGGUAACACGAAAGGCCCUCAUGAGGCUGUUAUACGCGAUUUGUUGACUAAGGCUGGGACAGAGAAAAUCCGGGCCGCCUUAGGUACUUAUAUUCGUGAACUGAAAGAGGAAUUCAGCAAAGGCCUCAUUCUUCCUACCGACAAGGUUAAACCACAGGUCGUCACCAAAGAAAGAACUACGGUUAUUGAUAAGAAGAGCUUCCAGAACAUGGUAAAAGAGAAAUUUGAUGUGAAGUCUGUUGAACUGAGUGAAUCGUUCAAAGUUCCGCCUGACCGUCUAUUUGAGGUUCUAAGUGAACCUACUUUGGUUCGUGCGUGGGCCAACGGGAAUGUUGAGUGGGAUUUCAAAGAAGGUGGAAAGUUUGUUCUCUUUGGCGGCACUGUGACGGGAACAUUUGACAAAAUCAAGUUGAAUGAGGAAAUAAUCAUGUCGUGGCGGUUGAAAAACUAUCCGGAUGGUCAUCACGCUAAAAUAACAUUUACGCUUAAUGAUGAGAGUGACUCAACUUCCUUGAACGUGAAAGCGGACGGUGUACCUUCACAUAUGGCUGAGGAAACGCGUAAUGGGCUAACUCGUUACUAUCUCGCCUCUAUCGCUCGUACAUUUGGUUUCAGUGCUCGUAUGAGCUAG